ACCAGCGAUCAGGAGAGUCUUGGCACCCGAUCUGUCAGGAGUGUCCUGUCUGUAGAGUUGAGUGGUUAGCGAGUGAGUGAGUCCUCUUUCUCAUAACCAAUUCAAGAUGACGCGAAUAACACUAUACAAGUUGUUGUUCGUGGUAUAUUCAGUGGCACAGUGCCAAGGUGUUCACAUUGUUCAAGUUCCGAGCAGCAAGAACACUCCCCAGGGAGAAAAGUUAGUUGAGGAAGAGCAGCCAGUGACCAGCAGCUCUCCUUCGCAGCCAACGACCAGCUCUCCCCCGCAGCUAGAGGAACCAAAGAACAUAACAACAACUGCGGCCCCAGACCAGUGUAACUUGCCUCCAGAGCUGGUAGAUGAGAUUAAGAGCUACCAGGACACCGUCGACCAGAUCAUCGAGUAUGUGGUGCGCGGGGACUACAAGGGGAGGACAUAUGAGGUGUUGGCUGAGCUGGUAGACACCUUCGGGCCCCGCAUGACUGGGUCAGGUCAGCUGGAAGCCGCCAUUGACUGGAUGCUGGAACUGUCUGAGGCUGAAGGUCUGGAGAACACUCACACUGAGGACGUGACUGCGCCUCACUGGGUCAGAAAUACAGAGUCAGCGUGGAUGACUCAGCCACGCCUCCACCAGCUCAACAUGUUGGGUUUGGGAGGUUCUGUCGGCACCCCGCCAGAGGGCAUCAAGGCUGAGGUCCUCGUAGUGAAGGACUUUGACGAUCUACAGAAACACGCUGACCAGGCAGUGGGCAAGAUUGUGGUGUUCAACCCAGUGUGGGUGUCAUACGGGGAGACAGUGAAGUACAGGAGCCAAGGAGCAUCUAAGGCAGCUGAGGUAGGAGCUGUGGCUUCCCUCAUCCGUUCCAUUGGGCCUUUCUCCAUCAACUCCCCUCACACAGGCCAGCAGGAAUACACUGACCCACAACACAAGAUCCCUACAGCUUGCAUCACGGUGGAAGACGCUGCUAUGAUGGACAGGAUGCAGGCGAGAGGUCAGAAGAUAGAGGUGCAUCUCACCAUGGGCGCCGAGAGCUACCCAGACAUCAUCACCAGGAACACCAUCACUGAGGUCCUUGGUCACCAAGCGCCUGACGAGGCCGUCGUCGUCUCUGGUCAUCUGGACUCCUGGGAUGUGGGCCAGGGGGCCAUGGAUGAUGGAGGUGGCGCCAUGAUCUCGUGGAACUCAGCCGUGGUGCUUCAGCGGCUGGGACUGCGGCCACGACGGACCCUAAGAGCCAUCUUGUGGGCGGGCGAGGAACAAGGACUCUACGGUGGUUUUGCUUACCACAAGAACCACGUCAACGAGUCUGACAAGUUCCAGUUGCUGUUAGAAUCAGACAUUGGCACAUUUAACCCUCUUGGCCUGGCCUUCAAUGGCACCCAGGAGGCCACUUGUAUCUUGGAGGAGGUAACGAAGUUAUUACACUCCCUCAACGCUACUAAGGUGGUGAGCCCGAUGGACGGUGGACCAGACAUUGAGGUGUGGAUGAAAGAUGGUGUCCCAACAGGUUCACUCUACAAUGCCAAUGAAAAAUACUUCUGGUUUCAUCACUCCAACGGUGACACCCUCAGCGUAGAGGACUCAGAUGUAUUGGAUCACUGUCUUGCUGUCUGGACCUCAGUUGCUUAUGUCGCUGCCGAUAUGACUCAGAGGAUCCCACAUGGUCCUUCCAGCAAAGAUCCUUCACUCGAGGUGCCAAAAACCCAAAAUUAUGACACCCCAAAGACCCCACACUCACCCAGGCAUCAGUUAGGCUAAGACCCCCCCUUCACUCCUUACUUUAUAUGAGUUCCUCUCUCUUAUUAGUCUUAGGGCCAACUUAACAAGUCAUACAGUAAUAUGCUUGGUACUGUACACUCUCAACAAAAACUUCUCAAACACCUGGGCACGAUGGAUGUGAGAAUGAGCAGAAUGGGGCUUGUCAUCUCGGAAUGAUUUGAGAUUCUUCGUUCAUUUUUCAGAUUGCAUAAUACUUAAAGCGUUGGACAAUUUUUUUGGAAAGAGUUUACAACAGUCAGGUCGUAUCUCAGUGUUUACCUAAAGUGUCUUACCAGUCCUUUUUUUCAUUUGUGAAGGAAAUCCUAAAUAGACAAAUAAAUUAUAAAAUCAA